GAAGCGGAGGGUGGGGACACUCUGGCCCGGCUCUCGGUGGUGCGAGAGCGGGCGGGAGCAGCGGCCGCUCUGGUCGGCGGACGUGCUGCCGAGCAGUCCCGGAAGCGAAGCAGCGAUGGCGGAGAGUCCGACUGAAGAGGCGGCGACGGCGACGGCAGGCGCCGGGGCGGCGGGCCCCGGGGCGAGCGGCGUCGCUGGCGUUGUUGGCGUUAGCGGCGGCGGCGGCGGGUUCGGGCCGCCUUUCCUGCCGGAUGUGUGGGCGGCGGCGGCGGCGGCGGGCGGGGCCGGGGGGCCGGGGAGCGGCCUGGCUCCGCUGCCGGGGCUCCCGCCCUCGGCCGCUGCCCACGGGGCCGCGCUGCUUAGCCACUGGGACCCCACGCUCAGCUCUGACUGGGACGGCGAGCGAACCGCGCCGCAGUGUCUACUCCGGAUCAAGCGGGAUAUCAUGUCCAUUUAUAAGGAGCCUCCUCCGGGAAUGUUCGUCGUACCCGAUACUGUUGACAUGACCAAGAUUCAUGCAUUGAUCACAGGCCCAUUUGACACUCCUUAUGAAGGGGGUUUCUUCCUGUUCGUGUUUCGGUGUCCACCCGACUAUCCCAUCCACCCGCCUCGGGUCAAACUGAUGACAACGGGCAAUAACACAGUGAGGUUUAACCCCAACUUCUACCGCAAUGGGAAGGUCUGCUUGAGUAUUCUAGGUACGUGGACUGGCCCAGCCUGGAGCCCGGCCCAGAGCAUCUCUUCUGUGCUCAUCUCCAUCCAGUCCCUGAUGACUGAGAACCCUUACCACAAUGAGCCUGGCUUUGAACAGGAGAGACAUCCAGGAGAUAGCAAAAACUACAAUGAAUGUAUCCGGCACGAGACCAUCAGAGUUGCAGUCUGUGACAUGAUGGAAGGAAAAUGUCCCUGCCCAGAGCCCUUACGAGGGGUGAUGGAGAAGUCCUUUCUCGAGUAUUACGACUUCUAUGAGGUGGCCUGCAAAGAUCGCCUGCACCUUCAAGGCCAGACCAUGCAGGACCCUUUUGGAGAGAAGCGGGGCCACUUUGACUACCAGUCCCUCUUGAUGCGCCUGGGACUGAUCCGUCAGAAAGUGCUGGAGAGGCUCCAUAAUGAGAAUGCUGAAAUGGACUCUGAUAGCAGCUCGUCUGGGACAGAGACGGACCUGCACGGGAGCCUGAGGGUCUAGGCCCUCCUCCCCGCUCCCCUUCCCCCAACUCGAAAGUCCGGCAGAGUCCCUUCCCCUCACCCCAGGGAUGGAGAGGCACUGCGUAUCUCCCUCCAAAAUGACGUCAUCCCGCAAGAUGGCAACAACCAAGCAAGCUCGGAUCCCAGGGUGUGGGAGUGGGGGUUGUUCCCCAUCUGACCUCCUUGGCGCUGGAGCAUCUGGGGCUGUUUGUCCCAUAUCAGGGGCCAAGGUACCUUUCCAGGAGCACCCAGGGCGAGGGCCUCUGAAAAACAAACAAAGCAACCAACACACCUCUCCACAGGGCCAGCUCCUUAGGGCCGGGUGGAAGACAAAUUGUAUUUCCAAGAGGGGGUGUGCCCACGUGAUUUAUGGGGAUGUCUGGAAGGGAACACGGGGUGGGGGGCUGUCUGGGACACGUAACAGUCUGGGUGGUUGUCUGUCUGUCUUCAGUCCUGAAGCCAGGCUUCCCAAUGCCCUUCCCCUCCCUGCCCCCCCUUUCCCCAUGGGCCAGCAUAAUUUUGUUUUUCCUAAUUUAUAGUCACUGUUCUAGACAGACCAAAGAGCAGGAACAGUGGUGGAGUCUAGGCUGCUGAUCAGUAAGCUUUACCUGGCACCUGAGCACCUUUCUCCCCUGCUCCCCUCCCUCACCCUUUUCUCAGUUUAAGACAGAAGGUAAAUGUGACUGGGACUGAACCAAGGUCUUGGUAAAGCCUGCAUGGCGCUGUAAGAAGCUGAAGAUCCUCUUUGUUCCCGCAAUCACUGAUUUGAAAAGUUCCCAGCACAAGCAGCUGCUGUGUGUAUGGGAUUAGAGCCACUACAUAGAAUAGUCUCUUGCAGAUUUUCAUAAAUGCUAGUCACCAUGAGGGUGUUUCUCUUGGGGUGGGGUGCAGGGGGAAGACUGAUGCUAGUCCUUACUGUAUUUUGUUUGGCUGUCCUUGUGUGUUCUCAGCCCAGCUUGUCCCCCUCCUCACUUCAACCCCUAGGGAUUUGAGGGGAGCAAGGGUAGCCAAUGGCAAAAGGGGGUUAGGGCUGGGACUCUGGAGACUCCUCCCCUCCUCUCCCUUCCCCCUCCAGCUGCUCUUUGUCACUGGCUCCGAUGGCCAUUUGCCUGGCUGUGUUGCUUCUGUCUGUAUUUAGCUGCAGUGAUCCUUUAGCUGGUUGGCUCAGAAAAAAACAACAAAACCGUGCAUUGGGUGCCCUGUACUACUGGGCAUCGAGGGAAUCCAUCGUUCCCCUUCUUGGUGUGUUCUCCCCGCACUUCCAGAUCCUUGUUAGGGCUCCCAGGGGUGUUGGUGAUGCACGUGACGCAGGGCCGCAGUCAGGAUCCAGCCGUGCUGAAGGGAGAGGAUGGCGUGUGCCUGCUCCUGCUGCUGCCCUGGGAUCACGGGACUCUCCUGGUGUGAAGGAGGAGGGCAGGAGCAGUGACGCUGGACAGGGAAUGGGGGGCUUGGGAACGCAAGUUUAUCUUGGACACCUGAAGGCAGGGUCUGCGCAGACUCAGAGGGACCCCACUUCGUUUCCUUCCAUUCCUCGAGCCAGUCCGGGGCUUAGAACACUGCUGGUCUGUGGGCCCAGUGUUGGCAGUCAUCCAUUUCAGGUGUUCCCACUUUCCGAGUGACAAUCCUCUCCCGGGCCCUGCCGUGGGGCAGAGCACGUCUGGCAUCGCAGCCUGACCUUGACGCCCUAAUCUUGAGUUUAGGAAAUAUAUGCACAGGAGUCAGAGAUGUCUUUAUAUCUGUACAUAAAUGAAGUUUUUUUUUUUUCUUUUUGGUGCAAUAAAGUUUGUUUUGGCAGAAGGAGGAAGCGCCUGAGGGUGUGGGAGGAUUGGAGUAAAGCAUGGAGUCCUCUGGAAGUGGGGGAAGGCGAGCACUCGGUGUGUUGUCUGGAAGGUGGGAGCAGGAGCAGGGCCCUUCUCUGUUUAAGGCUGUCACUCUGGCAGUUAAUGGGGGACGGCAUUCUCACCGCACCUGCUCUGAUGCUCUGGGAACCCUUGUCCCACAAGGAGAUAAAGGUAGAGAUGGGCUCCAACUAAGAGAAGGAAGUGUCAGUGGGGAGAGUCUAUUGGGUGUCCAAGCCAGCGCUGCUUAGGGAUUUAGCAUUUAGACCGUGAAGACUAUGAAAGCCUUAAAUCCCAACCUCUCCCCCGGCUGCCUCUUCACCUGCUCUAGAUUGCUGCUUUCUGACAGAGGCUUUUCCUCUUGGCUGACCACGUGUGUAGAAGUCUACACAACAUCAUGUCCUGCCAGCCUGCACCGUGCCAAGCACUGACAGAGCUUGGGCUCAGGGUCGUCAUUCUGGCCUCCAGCUUCGGCUCUGCUUAAGCUGGCAGCCUCUGGUGAAUUCCUUUGAUUUGCCAUCUGUGACAUUAAGGACACCUACUUCACUUUUAAGGUUGGUGAAGGUUAAAUGAGGUGUGUAUAAAAUGGCACAGUGAUUCCCUCAGCCACUGCUAGGUUACAGGGACCUGCUCAGCAGUCCCUGUUGAGGAAGCAAAGCUAGUGUGGAGUGAGAACCAAGAUGCAGCCUUCACUAUUGAGUCCCCUCAGAUUCCAUCAUUUUCCUCCAGCUUAGCCACCACCUAACACCGGCUAUGUUUCCCUCAUGGCCUGGACCUUCUAUGGCAGAGGCUGGAGGAGACUGAAUAUUAUUCCCUCAUCUGUUAGGGUCUGUGACUAAGAAAGAACGUUAAAGGAAGAGAUUUUAAUUAGCAAAGCUCUGAUUUCUAUCUUAACAGCUGCAGAGAAACCAGACCAUCUAGGUAGGAGACACAGCUUGCGUCCUGGGCCCGCCUCUUCCGUGAACUUGUAGAUGACCUGUGCAAGUCAUUAUAUAUGUGCUUGCUGUUCUCUGUGUUACUCAGGUUAUCCUUACUGGAUAAAUGAGGUUUUCUCCAAUAAAGAUGCAAUGUGAAGGCACUUUUAAAAAAUAAAAUAUUGGGGGAAGAAAGAAAA